AUGGAGGGGCGCGGGGGAUCUCGGCGCGAGUCCCGCGCCCGCCCUUCGGCGGCUGUGCUGUUCCGUGGCCCAGUGGAGCCUGUCAUCUUCAUAGCCAACUUCGCAUUGGUCCUGCAGGGCCCAGUCACCACACAGUACCUCUGGCACCGGUUCAGUACCGACCUUGGCUUUAAUGGCACCCGCACCAAAGAGAGCUGCAACAACCACAGCGUGGACCCUACCAUGCGGGAAGUGGAGACCCUCACCUCCCACUGGACAAUGUACAUGAACCUGGGCGGCUUCCUAGUGGGACUCUUCACGUCCACCCUGCUGGGAGCUUGGAGUGACUGUGUGGGCCGCCGUCCGCUGCUGGUGCUGGCCUCGCUCAGCCUGCUGCUCCAGGUCAUAGUCUCCAUCUUCGUGGUGCAGCUGGAUCUCCACGUUGGCUUCUUCGUGCUGGGCCGCAUCCUUUGUGCUCUCCUUGGCGACUUCAGUGGCCUCCUGGCAGCUGGCUUUGCCUCUGUGGCAGACGUCAGCACCAGCCAGAGCCGCACUUUCCGAAUGGCUGUGAUGGAAGCGUGCAUUGGGGUGGCAGGCAUGCUGGCGAGCCUUCUCGGGGGCCACUGGCUGCGCGCCCAGGGUUACGCCAACCCCUUCUGGCUGGCCUUAGCCCUGUUGAUAGUCAUGACUCUCUACUCAGCGUUCUGCUUUGGUGAGACCGUGAAGGAGCCGACACACACCAAGCUCUUCACGCUGCGUCACCACCGAUCCAUUUUCCAGCUCUAUGUGACGCCGGCCCUGGGGAAGUCCAGGAAGCAUUUAGCCCUGUACUCGCUGGCUGUCUUCACUGUAAUCACUGUGCACUUUGGGGCCCAGGACAUCAUGACCAUCUAUGAGCUGAGUGCGCCCCUCUGCUGGGACUCCAAGCUGAUUGGUUAUGGUUCUGCGGCUUACAACCUCCAGUACCUCACCAGCCUGCUCGGCCUGCGGCUUCUCCAGUGCUGCCUGGCUGACACGUGGGUAGCCGAGAUCGGCCUGGCCUUCAAUAUCCUGGGCAUGGUGGUCUUUGCAUUUGCCACCAUCACACCCCUCAUGUUCACAGGGUAUGGCUUCCUCUUCCUGUCAUUAGUUAUUACACCUGUCAUCCGGGCCAAACUCUCCAAGCUGGUGAGCAAGUCAGAGCAAGGUGCUCUCUUUUCCGCCGUGAGCUGUGUGAAUAACACGGCCAUGCUCAUGGCUUCUGGCAUCUUCAACUCGCUGUACCCAGCCACGCUGAGCUUCAUGAAGGGCUUCCCCUUCCUCCUAGGUGCUGGACUCCUCUUCAUCCCGGCCAUCUUGAUUGGGGUGUUGGAGAAGGUUCAUCCUCACGACGAGUUCCAGCAGUUUCCUGACCAUUCCGAUCUGCCCAGUCCAGAGGCUACUGGAGCCAAGUGA